AUGCUGUAUCUGAUGGACAACAUGGAAGGAAGACAUACAAGCAAGUUCAAAACAUUUUUCGCUAAUACGGUGAAGAGAUUGCUGAUACCAAAUCUGUUUGAAUCAAUACUGAACCGUCUUAAGGGCAAACCGUCCAAAAGUAGUGAUGGUGCUGAACCAGUUAAGUUUGGGGCCCGUGUUGGGGCUACGUUAGGUACAGCCAAAGUCGCCACAGAGUUUGUAGAAACGGGACUAAAAGGAGUGAAAGCUGCAGGUGUGGUGAUGAAUUUGCUGACUGUGCCGCUAGAUAUUCAUACAAUAGUCACAAACAGCAUCAAAAUUCACAAGAAAACUCCGUCCCAAACUGCAGAAGAAAUUCGGAGGAUAGCGGAUAAUUUAAAAGGAAAAGAGGUUUCAGAGCCGUCUGACGAAGUGCUGAAGCUAAGGAAGAGAAUUGAAGACAUGACGAGAGAACAAGAGAAACAUUCCCAGACCUGGGAGGAGUCGAAAGAAACGAUUUCAGAAGACAUCAGUGUUGAAAUGGAAAUUAUUUCCAUGGAGUAUGAAUAUGUCAGGCAGGGGUUUUGUUGA